AUUCUAUUGAGCUCAGCACUGAAAUGUUGCGAUUUGUAUAAAAACCUCAAGCCGCUAUGGGGCAAACGUCAUUUGACUGAAGAUACUCGUUGGUGAAGCAUGGUUAAAUUCCUUAUUGGGACUCUACUGCUAUUAGCAGUAGCAUUGACGACGGUAACAGCUGAAGAGCAACCUGCACGCAUAGUUUGCUAUUUCAGUAACUGGGCUGUUUAUCGACCGGGUAUAGGUCGAUAUGGCAUCGAAGAUGUACCCGCUGAGUUGUGUACACAUCUGAUUUACUCAUUCAUUGGUGUGGAUGAGAAAACUUGGGAAGUUCUUGUUAUCGACCCCGAAUUAGAUGUUGAUCAAAAUGGUUUCCGAAAUUUUACGCAAUUGCGUCAAAAGCAUCCAAAUCUAAAACUUGAAAUUGCUGUCGGUGGCUGGGCCGAAGGUGGUAAAAAGUACUCACAAAUGUCAGCGGUACGUGAGAGACGCCAAAGUUUUAUACGCAGCGUGGUUGAUUUUAUGAAGAAGUAUGACUUCGAUGGUUUUGAUUUGGAUUGGGAAUAUCCUGGAGCCACAGAUCGUGGUGGUGCUUUCAGUGAUAAGGAUAAGUUUUUAUAUUUUGUACAAGAAUUAAGACGUGCUUUCGAUCGUGAAGGACGAGGUUGGGAAAUCACAAUGGCUGUACCAGUAGCUAAAUUUAGAUUACAAGAAGGUUAUCAUGUACCAGAAUUAUGCGAAUUACUUGAUGCUAUACAUGCCAUGACUUACGACUUGCGAGGCAAUUGGGCUGGCUUUGCUGAUGUACAUAGUCCAUUAUAUAAACGUAAACACGAUCAGUAUGCAUAUGAGAGACUCAAUGUGAAUGAUGGUUUAGCACUUUGGGAAGAUAUGGGCUGUCCAGCUAAUAAAUUAGUCGUAGGCAUACCAUUUUAUGGCCGCACCUACACAUUAAGUAAUUCAAAUAAAAACUACAACAUGGGCACAUACAUUAAUAAAGAGGCAGGUGGUGGUGCUCCCGGUCCUUACACAAACGCUAGUGGUUUCCUAGCUUAUUACGAAAUUUGUACAGAAGUAAAUGAUAAAGCAAAAGGCUGGACAGUUGAAUGGGAUGAUCAAGGUAUGGUACCAUAUACCUACAAAGAUACACAAUGGGUGGGAUAUGAGAAUGAAGUAUCGGUGCAAAUAAAAAUGGACUUCAUUAAGGAGAGAGGUUAUGCUGGCGCUAUGACAUGGGCUGUAGAUAUGGAUGAUUUCCAUGGUUUAUGCGGUCGUGAAAAUUCUCUUAUGCAUAUACUACAUGAUAAUAUGCGAAACUAUCGCGUACCAGAACCAACACGCGAAACAACACCUAGGCCUGAGUGGGCAAAGCCACCCGCAACACCGCCAAAUCCGGAUGAAGAAAAUCUGCCCAUUGCAUCCACCACGAAACGUCCGAUACCGAAACCACAACAAACAACAGUUCGGCCCACUGAAGCAACAACAACAACAAAAAAACCUGCAAAAGUUUCAAAGAAACCGAAACCAAAACCAAAACCAAAGCCUACAACAAGUACUAGUACAACUACAACAACAACAACCGAAGCAGCUCUGCAAAAAGAUCCAGAAAUUACACAACCGGAUCCAGAACAAAAUGAUGUCAACAUUGAUUGUACCAAUAGAGAUUAUGUACCUCAUCCAGAUUGUCAAAAGUAUUAUCGUUGCGUACAUGGCAAACCAGUCGAAUUUGAGUGUAAAGAAGGUACCGCUUUCCAUACAAUCCUCAAUGUUUGCGAUUGGAUUGAGAACAGCGAUCGUUACUAUUGCACCAGACUUAAGAAGAAAACUGUGGACAAUGAAACAAAAUAAUUUUAAGUUAAUUUAAAUAAUUUUAUCAUCAGAAAUGUAUUUAGUUUCUAAGGUUAAUAAA